CUCUCACGCCGACCAUGUCCUCUUCACCGAAAAUCCGUCCCCGCGAGGAGGAUGACGCUCUCGAACGGUCGCCAAAGAGGACAGAGUCGAAAACGAGCUGCCCGAAGACCCUGCCAUGGACACGUCGGAAGAUGCGGUCAAGCCUGCGGACGAUCCAACGCGGUAGCAGAACCAUCUUCCGAGAGCUCGAAUCAAGACGAUGUCAUGUUGCCUCCAAGUCACUCUUUGCUCGGCAUUCCCGCUCCUGAAUACUCUGCGGAUGGCUCCAUCAGCGCAUUAUGGAGACUGAUGUCGGAAUCUCGGAGUAUAUUGGCCACGACGUCCCGAAGAUCGAAGGGAUCAUCAAGCAACGCUUCACGGACUUCUUGGUAUUUGAGGUAGACCUGGAUGGCAAUGUAAUUCAUGUUAAGUCGCUCGACAAGCCGGAGUCCUCCCCCAAGAAGAAAGACGAGGCAAAUGCUGGUGACACCGUUACUACCGACGGUGUGACGAAAGCAGAGAGCACGGAGACUCCGGAGACAAAAGCCGAAGCAAAGGAAGGUGCCGUUGUAGAAGAUGCCAAGCAGAUGUACUUGGAAGGCCCGGAACCGCCAUUUGUCAGUGACAGUGGCUGGGGAGGACGCCAGACUAAGGCCUCAGAGACGGGCGAAAAGGCCGACAGUGAAGACGCCCCGGCUGCGGAGGAACCACCAAAAGAAGAGUCUACAAGAGGCAAGGGGCGACGCGGCAGAGGUGGACGCGGGGGUCGUGGCAGUAGAGGAGGAGGCAGAGGAGGUAGACCUGGUCAGAGAGAGGACCAUCGCAAAGUGUUGACCGAUCCUAUUUCGUCAAAAGAAACGCGCACCGGGUUGCACAAAGCGAUCCGCGAGCUGUUUCAAGGGAAGCUGGACACUGAGACCGAUCUGAGCACUCCAGCGGCGGACGAGGGUUCCCGUAUUGUCGUUAAGUGGUCAAAGAGCGGCGGCGGUAGAGGUGGCGGACGAGGUGGUGGGCGGACAAGUCGAGGAGACAGACAAGAGAGGGGCACAUAUCCUCCCUACAUCCAUUUCACAAUGCAGAAGACGAACCGCGACACGCAAGACGCCCUCUCACACCUCUCCCGACCUGUCCGUUGCUGGUACCAAGGACAAGCGGGUGUGACUGUUCAACGCGUGUCACUUCGCAGAGGAAACAAAUCUGUCGAGGAUGUAUGGAGCAUGGCGAACGGCAUCAACUCCGCCCAGCGGCGGACACGGGAGGACGCACUGACGAAACGAGGCGAUCGUGGCAUCAGGAUCGCAGACUUCAACUACAGGAAAGCGAGCCUGGAGCUGGGGAUGGUGAAGGGCAAUGCAUUCGUCAUCACGCUGAGUCGAUCAAUGGAGACGCUUGACCGGGCAAUGAAUAUCUUGAAAACGAAGGGGUUCAUCAAUUACUAUGGUAUGCAGCGCUUCGGUACCGCGUCUAUCCCCACACACUCUAUCGGUCUCGCGCUUCUCAAGUCAGACUGGCACCGCGCCGUCAACCUCAUCCUGCGCAACAGACCGGGCGAGCACCCAGAUGUGAUGGCGGCGCGGAACGCCUGGCUCGUUGACGGUGACAUCGAUAGGGCCUUGGAGCUCAUGCCCCGCCGCGUCGUUGCUGAGCGAUGCCUUUUGGAGAGCUACAAGAAACAAAACGGCGAAACGCGAAACGCCAUGGGCGCGCUGUCCACGAUCCCCAAAAACUUGCGUCUGAUGUAUGUUCAUGCGUAUCAGUCCUAUGUCUGGAACGCCAUUGUGUCUGAACGUAUCAAGAUGCACGGCGCGGACAAGCCCGUUGACCCGUCGGAGAAGACAGUGGAGGAGGAGCUAGAAGACGGCGAGGCACAAGAGAAGGAAGACGAAGAGGAGGUUACGGACAAACGACAAAAACGGGCUCGGAAGCCCUGGCAAGCGCCAAAAGUAAAGACAUUGACAGUGGACGAUGUUGACAACUACUCCAUCUUCGACGUGAUCAUGCCUUUACCGGGUAGGGAUGUGGCAUAUCCCGGUGGCGCUCUCGGGGAGCGUUACCGCGAGUUCCUUCGCUUGGAUGGGUUGGAUCCAGACAACUGGGAACGCAAGCAGAAGGAGUACAGUCUUGGUGGCUCAUAUCGCAAGAUCCUUCACCUGCCGAAGGAGCUGUCAUGGUCUGUCUUACGUUACACCGACCCGGACGUUGCACUGGCACAAGCAGACGAAGACAAACAGCUCGGAUUCGACCCUCCAAUGAUCGUAGAGGACGGCAAAUUCAUGGCGCUGCAACUCAACUUGCAGCUCGGAACCGCGGCAUACGCUACCAUGGCUCUGCGUGAGGUCACUAAGACGGAGACGAGCUCACAUUACCAGUCGGGCCUGACACAAGCUCGGAAGAUCAAAAGUACAAAACAGUCGCGGAUGCCCCAGAGGAGAUCGCGGUAGAUGAAAGCUAGUACUAUGUAGUAGUGCGAGACUGCAACUCUCAUAAACGAUGGGGUAUGUAGAUUACCCUCUACUGAUAAGAUUGUCCAUGGCAAUAUGUGCAUCGUGAACCUUGCCAGUUGCUACUCGCUCCGAUCAGCC